CGGAUGUUGUUGACUCUUGAAAGCAUGUUAUUACCCAUCAAACGUUUUGCAGGUUUUACCCAUACCCGCCCCAUACUCAUACGACAUACCUAUACCCACCCCACUAAGAGAAUUUUGAUACAUCAAUGAUAGUGAGGGACUGAGGGUACCUCUAGAAAAUAAAUGAUAAAAAUGCAAUUGAGUGGUCAUCCAAAUCAAAAUCUAAUUCCUUUUCAUCAAAUCUCCCGUCACUCUUUCACUUUUCCCCUCGUGUUAACAAGAUUAUGUUAGCUAGUUAUUAGUUAGUAGAUGUAUCAGAGUCAGAGAAUAAUGAUUUGGAUUACAUUUUAUUGUACACUAUCUUAUGGAUUAAUAGAUGGUCGAGGAUAAGAUGCUUUGAAUCUUAUAAAGAGUGAUUGUCAACUUCGUCAACUUCAUGAUAGUAGGUGCGUUUAAUGUUAUAAUUGAGAAUUUACAUGUAAAAUUUUAAGUAUUAUAAUGUCGUUUGUAUGGGGCGAGUAUCACCCAUGGGUACCCAAAACCCAUGAAUAUGGGGAUUGCUCUGCAAAAUCUUUCUUCGCAUGGAUAUGGGGCGGGUAUGGAUAUAAAUAUUUAAACGCGAGGAUGGGAAUGGUUUAGCCAAACCCGCCCAUUUGCCAUCGCUGGUUACAGGUAUAUGUAGGGGUGGGCAACGGGACGGGACGGGAUUCCCGUCCCGUUUUAAACGGGUACCCAGUCCCAUUUGGAGACCAAAGUCCAUCCCAUAUCCCAAACUCAUAUGGGAAACGGGUACCCAUUACCCGUACGGGACGGAUAACGGGUACCCAUACUACCCAUAAAUACCCAAAGUUUAAAUGACAUUUUACCUAAAGACAAUUAGUCAAUUACAUCUAUUCGUAAAAAAAAAAAUAGUCAAUUACAUCCAAAGCAUUCAUUUCAAAACAUAAAAUGGCUGCACAAGUAGCAACUUACACCAAUUCCUACAACCCAAAGAAGGGAUGAUGAUGAAGAUGAAAAGGAAUCAAGGAAAGAGAACAAGUUCUGCUUCCUCGAAAGUGCCAUGAUUCAAUAAUAAUAAUAAUGUUGUUUCUACUCAAAUCAAUCCUCAGUUUGGCAAAAUAGGGUGGGGAAGGUGGUGAAUUUUGCAGCAGCAAGCAAGGGUGCUCCCACACUUUCCCACUGCCAUUACUUCGACCUUUCGUCUCUUCUCUCUUGUCCCGCGAAGACGACUCCUCCAGCCAGGGACAAGACACAAGACAGAGACAAACCUUUCCAAAUUCCAGAGAAGCUGCCGCCUACCGUCGCGUGUCUCGCGUCUUCUAGGGCCUAGGGGUGCGUCAGCGUCUCAACUCUCACGGGCUGAAUUAAAUGGAUUUUGUAAUUUUAAUGGAUUUGAAUUGGGUUGGGCCUGGACGCAUGGGCUGAAUUAUAUGUCUUUGUAAUUUGAAUGGGUACAACGGGUACCCAUAUUACCCAAACAGGUAUUCGCGGGUAACCCGCGGGUACCCAUAUUAGAAGGUACAAUCCCAAGUCCCAUCCGUUUAAAAUAUUACGGGUAAUAUGGGUACCUAUAACCCUUAAAAAACGGGACGGGUAUAUCCAAAUACCCGUUUCCCUUUGCCCAUAGGUAUAUGGAGAAGCUAUUACAACGUCAACAUUCGUCAAUCUAAUCCACGGCAAGCUUCUUCGUAAGAGCAAUGAACAAUGACGACGACGAGCAAAACCGCGAGCAAUGUGCUGAUGAACGGAGCGGAGUACUGGCGCUGCCUAGAAGACGUUCUCGCUAGGGUCGUCUCGUUCUGCAGCUCGAGGUCACUGAAAGAGGGGUUCUGCGUUCAUGCCCCUGUGGUGAAGCUUUGUCUUCACGAUCAUCACUACGUGAACAACAACCUGCUGAACCUUUACGGCAAAUGCUUCGGACUGAGGGAUGCACGCCAGCUGUUCGACGAAAUGCCUCACAGGGACGUCGUGUCGUGGUCUGGGAUUCUCUCCACUUACGCGAAGAAUGGACGGCACGGCGCCGCGAUCGACUUGUAUCGUGACAUGGCGGAUUCGGGUGUGUACCCAAAUGCCUUCACUUUCUCCUGUGUCGUAAGAUCGUGUGCUGCGCUGAGUGAUCUUGACUACGGGAAGCGCGUUCAUGGUAGUCUGGUAAAACAUGGGUUGCAGUCAAACUUAGUGGUGGGAAGCUCUUUGAUUGAGUUGUAUUCCAAGUUUGACUCUUCAGAUGCGACUAAAGUCUUCGGCUUGAUCGAUGAAGCCGAUGUUGUUUCUUGGACAACAAUGAUCUCUUCCUCAGUUCGAGCUGGUAAGUACCGCCAAGCUUUCCAGCUUUACAUCGAUAUGAUUAAGUCUGGAGUCACUCCAAAUGGGUUUACUGUCUCCAAAAUGUUAGCAGCAAGUGGAUUUCUCGGUUUGGAAUACGGCAAACUGAUUCAUGCCCACGCCGUAGUUUUGGGUGUUGAGCUGAAUCUGGUAACGAGAACAACACUUGUCGACAUGUACUCAAAAUGCCAGAGGAUGGAAGAUGCUGUGAAGGUAGCCAAGCUCACCAAUGACUCUGAUGUAGUCCUAUGGACUAGAAUCGUCUCAGGAUUUGCUCAAAACUCAAACUUCCAAUCGGCUUUGACUGCACUGGCAGACAUGAAUCGCUCUGGCGUCUCACCAAAUGAGGUGACAUACUUGGCCUUGCUCAGCGAAUGUUCACCAAUUCUCUCGCUGGAUUUGGGUACACAAAUCCAUUCGAGAGUAAUCACAGCUGGAUUAGAGGACCAUAUCCCCCUCGGAAAUGCGCUUCUUGAUAUGUACAUGAAAUGCUCUGACACGGUAGAAGAUGGGUUGAGAGUCUUCAAGGAGAUGCAAUUGCCUAAUGUCAUCUCUUGGACAUCGUUAAUCGCUGGCUUCUCCAACCAUGAUCUUCAACAAGAUUCAUUUCGCUUGUUUAUUGAAAUGAGAACAGCUGGAGUGCUACCAGCUUCUUAUACUCUUACCAUCGUCCUCCACGCAGCAGAUUCACUGAGCCAAACGUUGCAGCUUCAUGCACAAGUGAUCAAGUUGAAAGCAAGUCAGCAGAUCUUUUUGGGUAAUGCUCUCGUGGAUGCUUAUGCCGGGUCCGGGAGGAUUGACGAUGCAUGGCGAGUGGUUAGAACGAUGAACAAAAGAGACAUCAUAACCUACACAAGUUUGGCCACAAGGCUCAACCAGAGUGGCCAUCACAAACAGGCAUUGGAAAUAGUCCGCCACAUUGCCAAUGAUGAUGGAGUGAAGAUGGAUGGAUUCUGCCUCGCUGGGUUCUUGUCAGCAUCCUCGUACCUUGGAAAACAAGAAACCGGACAGCAGCUUCAUUGUCUCUCUGUCAAGUCUGGUUUUGGCAGCUGCGUUUCAGUACUGAAUAGCCUGGUUGACUUCUACGGUAAGUGUGGGCUUUUAGACGAAGCAAGGAGAGCCUUUGCGGAGAUUAGAGAGCCUGAUGUUGUAUCUUGGAAUGGGUUGAUGUGUGGGUUUGCAUCGAAUGGGCUUAUCGAUGAUGCUCUAUCCACCUUUGAUGAAAUGAGGCUAGCUGGAGUUGCUCCUGAUAAGGUGUCGUUUUUAUCUGUGCUCUUCGCUUGCCAACAGGGUGGGUUGGUAGAUCGCAGCCGUGAGUAUUUUGAUUCAUUCAGGGAGCAGCAUGCCAUAGAGCCACGGCUAGAGCAUUAUUCUUGUUUGAUUGAUACCAUGAGUAAAGCCAGGCGUCUGGAAGAGGCCGUAGAGGUUCUGGAGACUAUGCCUUUGAAGCCGGAUGCUUCGAUAUACAGAAAUCUGUUGGCUGCUUGCAGAGUUCAUAAGAAUAUGCGCCUUGGAGAAGAUAUGGCGAGGCGAGGUCUGGAGCUUUGUCCAGGGGAGCCAGUGUUCUACGUUUGGCUUGCCAAGCUGUACGAUGACUGUGGGCGGUCUGAUUUGGCGGAACAGACUCGGAAAUCGAAGAGAGAGUGGUUCUCGAGGGUCGAGCCAGAUGGAACAUUGGAACAAGAUGAAUCUCUUCCAGAAAUGAAGCAUGUUAUGCUGUGAUAUUUGUGUGAAUGUUUUAAGGAAAGGCAAUAGAGUGAAAUUUUCAUUUCUCCAGCCAAGAUUGUGCUCGUCCUUGUCGGUACACGAUGGGAGCUUCGGCAUUGGAAAAGUACAAGUUCUAGCCCGAUUCUUGAUGCGCAGAGCUGGUUUGAUAGGAGAGAUCACCAGAAUGCCUUGUUUCUGCAGACUAGCGGUUAAGAGCUUCUGAUAUUUAUAGAGAAAGGCUUGCAUUGUGCCUGACUAACUAGCUGAUUUAGGACAUGCAAUCUUAAAGCACCAGAGAUUCUGUAUAAUGUAUAGGAAUUUCUGAAACCGCCUGAUUUUGAACGAAAGAGUUAACUUCUCUCGCCAAUCAAUGUUUCUAAAAGAU